AAUUUGUAUGGACUUAUCAUAAAAGAAUCCUUAAAUUAGAGAAGUCAAUUCAGAUAGUGCAUCUAAAGGAUAUUCUAGUAAUAAGUCUCAAUUUUAAUCUACAUUCAAAUAUCAAUAUCCAAUAGAGAGUUAGUAUUAUUUAAUAUUUUAUAAGAAAAAAAUGAACAUGAAUAAUCAAUCAAUUCAGAGCAAUCUCUUUCAUCUAUUCAAGAAGUUAAUCCAAAAAAUGAUAGAUCUUAAUUUGAUGAAGAAUCUCAAAUGUUCAAUUAUAAUUAUGAUUAAAUCAUAAAUCAAAACUAAAGAUUGGAAAGUCAAAAUAUUAGUCUUCAAGUUCCAAUCAAUUAACAAUAAAUUGAUCUAUAAACUAUCUAAGAUUAAGAUCCUAUAAAUAAAGCUCCAAGUCCAAUCAAAUAAUAAUAGCAAUAAGUUCAAUAAUCUCGUUCAUAAUCAUAAAUAUUCUAACCUUUCCAACCAUAUUAACAAUAAUAAAUUUCAGCCUCUAAAAGUAGAAUUGAUAGAUCAUUUGAUGGAAUCUCUGCAUUUACUAAUGUUUCAAAAUAAAGAACCCCUAAUAGUAGGAGUAAGGCUAAUUCCUUUUAUUAUGAUCGUAUUGGAAAUUAAGUUAGUGAAAUCAUGCCACCAAUUGUUGACAACUAUUUAACUUAUGUUCUACUUUAAACUGUUUUACCUUUAUUUAUAAUAUUCAUUCUAUAUGUCAUUAAUUUGUAAGUAUUUAUUUUAAAAAGAGUUUCCUAUAACGAGCCAUCAAUUAAUUUUGUUAUUUACCGGAAGAAUAUUGCACUUGUGAUGGAUUUGGAGCAAAACUUUGGUCUUGGGCCAGAUAACUCAUUGUAGUUUUAAAUUUAUAUUUCAUUAGAUGUGGAAAUUAGGUUUAAUCGUAUAUAGAAAACAGUUUUUAUGUAGAAUAGCUAUGGGUUCAAGUAAUUUAAAACAUAAAGAACCUGUUACUGAAUACAUUUUUUUAUUUUUGUUUACUAUUCUUUUUGAUUUCAUUCUAGUUGUCUGGAUUGAAAAUAAUUAAGAUUAUGUUUACGUGAUACUAGUCUAUUGCAUAGGAGUUGUUGUUUUGUUAAAUACUUUCAGAGUAAAAGAUUGGGAUAUUGUUUUUAAAAAAGGAGCAGGAAUAUUUUUAUAUGAUUUUGCUUUACUAAUCUUAAUGGUUUUCAUCUAUUAUGCUAUACCUAAUGUUGUAGAGUCACUCUAGAAUCGUUAAGGUAAAACUGAAGGAAUGUAAAGCUUUUUAUACCUUUAUCCCUUAUUCGAUUGGAUUAUGGAAAUUUUUAUGGAUUAUAUUUAUAACUAAACUUAAUUUGCUGAAUUAUAUAUCUAUUAACUUUAAUUAAUCAUUCUUGGAAUGAAAAUAGGGUAUUUUGUAUUAAAUAAAUUAGCAUUUUAAAUAUUGUUGAUAUUUGGACAUUUGAAUUUUGGUAUAAUAUUUUAAUUCUUGGUAUUAUGAGAGCUAAUAAUUCAUCCAUGUUUCUUACUGUAUUUUUAAGAAGAUGGGUUUUCUAUUUAAUUCCUGACUUACAAUUCAUUACUAAAAUGAGUGAAACCAAAAAAUCUUUGAAGGUAUUUUCUUAUAUUUUUAAUUUAAAGGGUAAACAUGGUGCAUAUUUAGAACAUCUUUUUUGGAUUCUUUUCUAUUAUUUUUUCUUUUUAACCAAUUCAAGUGUGCCUUAUGUUGCUAAGAAAACUAUUUUUAUAAGCAAUUGCAAAUUUGAUAAUGAAACUUGGAAUUUUACAAGAGAAUACUAUCAACCAAUUGUUAUUUGGGGUUUAUUUCUUAUUGCUGAAAUUACUGGAAUUAUGUUGAAUAAAUAAAAGUAAUUAUAUCUUCUUUAAUUUUUUAUAGAAAAUAUGAUAAUAUAAAAUAUGAGGGUGGUUGUAAAUUCAAUUUAAUAGGAAAUACAUUAAUACGAUUGUCUGGUUAUUACUUUUUUUAGAUUGCUGUAAUGAUUCCAUUCCUCUUCAAAUCAUUAAAUGAUAUUAGUUAAAUAAAUUAACAUCUAGAAACAAAAGAUACAGAAUAGUAUUGA